AUGGAUACAAAGAGUCAAUACAAGUAGAAGGAGAAGGUUGGAUACAGAAAAUAUCAUAAAACUCACUUACUUGCCAUCUUUACCUUAUCAGGAGCGAGCGAACGAAUGAUUCACAAAAACCCGAAAGCCACUCUCUCUCUCUCUCUCUCUCAUAUUUGCACUUUCACUACUAGCUUAGCUUAGAGCUUUUAUUAUACUAUAAAUAAAUACCUGGCCUACUAUUCAUUCAUCUUCUCUCUGAAUAAUUCUGAUUCUGAUACCCAACAACACUAAUUAAAGGCCCUUUACCUUGUUAGCUACAUUUCCGAUUCAGUUUCAGAGUUUCUUCCAUUGAAGCACUGCUUGAAGGCAGCUCGAUCAUAUGGCGUCAGAUGAGAGUAUGACCCUCAGGUCUUGUAUCUCUAUGCAGGAAGGUGAGUACGACGAUUAUACCGACGAAGGGUAUGAUCAGGAUCAGCCUCAUCAGCACUUGUCUAGGUUGUCCAUGUGUACCAGCAAUUCCGUCUAUAGUGAUGACCAGAUGAAUGAUGAUGGUGGCAAUGGCAAUUCCAUCUACUACCAGCAGGGCCAACAAGAGAAUGGUAUGAACAUGUACAUGUCACUCUUGUCUAUAGACAGCUUUGAUGGGGACGGGGAUGUUGAUGAAGAAGAGGAAUCAUCCACCAAGAAGCGGCUCAGUUCUCAUCUGGUACUCGCAGCUGGGAUGUCAACGGAUGACGAUUCCGACACGGAACCGGCCUGUUACUCCCUUCCGGCGACACCCCCUAGGCUGAGGAGGGAUCUGCCUGGUGCUGGGAGGAUUCUUAUUAACAAGGUGCAUCCCAAUUCUAUGGUGGACAAAGAGUACGCUAGCGAAAAUGAAGCUCAGAAGGCCUUGAGUGAUGACUGCAGGAGGAGCAGGAGGAGGAGUAGGAGGAGAAUGAUGAGGAACAGAUCAUCAUGGCUAUCACCACCACCACCACCAUUCCACCACGGAGCUAAGACGACACCGGACCUGGAGGAAGAGAGCAUGAAUAUGAAUGUGUGUGGUGAUCAUUGUCACAGCUUCAGCGGAGAGAGCGAGGGUACGGGGAUGGUGGUGAUAGCAAGGCCCAAAGGAGGGAACAGGUCCCUCUGCAUGGACCUGGAGGAAGUCAAGGCUUGCAAAGACCUCGGCUUCGAGUUGGAGCACGACCGCAUGCUGCAGCAGCAGGAGAUGAUCCCUUCUCGGCUUUCUCUAUCCGCCACCACCCUCGACACUAACUACACCACCAGCAGCGGUGGCAAUUCCCCUAUUGCCAACUGGGCCAUUUCCAGUCCCGGGGACCAUCCGCAGGAGGUCAAGGCUCGCCUCAAGGUCUGGGCGCAGGCAGUGGCUCUGGCAUCUGCAUCACCCACAACUCCCACAAGGCACUCGAGCUGAGCAGUGGUGUUGCCUUCUAACAGUUUCUUCUUUUUGGUUGACAUAAAACAGAGAGAGCUUGGGGGAAUUUUGAUUCCAGUGUGAGGACUGAAGAGAGUAGCUUCUCCAUCUUCGUUUCCUACUACUACUACUGAGCACAAUUUUUCUUUCUGGCAAUAUAUUGGGGUAUUAUGUUUGGUUGAUGAAUCCUUCACUUGUAUUUCACCGGUGCCUUCAGAUUCUCGACAUUGCAAGUGUAGCGUAACUGAAGAUUAGAUACACUUCAUUCUGUACAUUAUAUGUAAAAAAUUUGAAGUUUCAGUUCCAUGUAUGCAUCUAGAAAGCUGUUUCUAUUGGUAUUGAUAGUUUCAGGUUGAUGUUGUAUUGGUCAUGAAAAUUUUGGCAGUGCUCUACAGAUACGCAUUCUCAAAAUUGGGGGUAUAAAUCAGAGAGGGAUUGGAAUAGUUUAGGUUGGGUAGCCGGAAUACCAGUUCUGGAGUGUGAGGUGUGAAAUGAGUAGGUUCUCUGAUUUCGGUCCUCUACUAAUACUAGAAACUGCAUUUUGAUUUCUUGCACAAUCUGGCUCCUUGGUAGAAGAUUUUCACUAUCUACUGGGAUUCCUAGUUGUCUAUUUGUUGUUCCUUCACUGCACUUCAGCCGUACCUCUUCAGGUUCUUGGCUUGUAAAUAUAAUGUAGCUGAAGAUGGACUCGAGAUAUAAUUCAUUCUGUACUUUGUGUAAGCUAUUUCCCACUGGUAUUGAUUAACAUAGUAAAGCGAUUGCUGUUGUACCAAUUAUAAACAUAUAUCUGAAUUUUGCAGUGCUCUAUUCAUAUA